AAAAGCAUUGUCUUAGGGAGGAAAGACUAUAAAUUUAGUGCCACACUUUGUCAUAUUACAUCUCUGUUUGCUCUCAUGGCAGGACGUUGGGUCCUGUAGAAACCUGAGUUGUGAAUUGUUCUGCCAACCAAAUAUUACACUUGCACCUAAUCCAAGCUGCAUACUGAAAAGACGGAGUGAGAAAAAAGUAAAUUCUACAUUUUACCGGUGCCUUCCUCAUCAGGUAUUGAUUGCUUUUAUUGACAAGAUACUAACUUUAAUUACCAUGGAUGGAAACACAGUCAUAGUCAUGGCCUUACUUGGACUGUGCAUCCUCCCAUCAUGCUCUGCUCAGUUUUACCACAUUGUUACAGCUGCAAUGACCUGGACUGAUGCCCAGAGUUACUGCAGAGAGAAGUACACAGAUCUGGUUACUAUAAACAGCAUGGAAGACAUGGUCAGGCUGAGGGACCAACUGGGAGGUAAAGAUGAUGAUCAGUUCUGGAUCGGUCUGUAUGGUGAUCUUGACAACUGGAAGUGGUCUCUGGAAAAGGAGGGAAAUGAAGAAGGGCAGGCUGAGUACAGUGUGUGGUAUCCUGGUCAGCCUAAUAUGUACUCAGGAGUCCUUGCCUGUGGUAACAUAGACACCGAAGGAACGUGGUCAGACUACUCUUGUAAUGCCGGUCUGCCUUUCAUCUGCUACAAUGAAUUUUCAGAGACUAAGUACAUCUAUGUGAGCACACCAAUGAAUUGGAUCAAUGCUCAGAGGUACUGCAGGGAGCGCUACACAGACCUGGCCAGCAUGAGGAAUGAACCUGAGAGGAACGAAAUGAAGAUGCUGGUGAAGAAAUCUGCAUGGAUCGGCCUGUACAGAGUGGCGUGGAAGUGGUCUGAUGGUCAGAUCAUGGACGUGACUUCAUUCCAGAAAUGGAGUACGGGCCAGCCAAAGAAAAUCAAACAUUACUGUGUGACCACGACUCACGGUGGAUGGAAUGCACGGCCUUGUAGUGACAAAUAUGCUUUUGUCUGCAGGGUGAGGAAACAGGUGAGAGUUAAGGUGAUGCUGAAAACAUCAGACUCCUCUGUGGACCUGGAAGACAUGCAGGAUGCGAUCUUGCAGCAGUUCAGCCAGAGACUGAAGGACCAUGGCAGGAGUGAACAUGUCAACCUCAAGUGGAUGAAGCAGCCUGAUGGAAAGACCUUCCAAUUAAAAGAAAGUGAGGAGAAGAAAAAAAAAAGAAGUGACAAAUGAAAAAAAAACUGCAUUCACAAACAAUGUUAUUUUCAUGCCUCCAACAGAAUUGAUGAUGUUAUUAGUUAUUUAGAAAGAAUGUAGGCCUAAAUGUUAGAAAGAUCUUUACCCUGGUGGCUCCUGAUGAUGAGAAGCAGAAGAUCUCUAAAAUAUCCAAGUGUCUUCAAUUCAGAUUUCUUUGUAGUUGUUUUUGCUUUUUGCAAAAUGAAUUUUGCUACUCUGCAUCGCAAUCACUAUACUUGAUAUGCUCAUCUACAUACUGCUUGAAUUUUACUACCAGCUAUAUAUGUAGUAUAUUUAAUGACAGAGCCGUACAUCAUAACAGUAAACUAUGAAUCAAUUUCAAUGUUAGCUUGUACUUUGUACGUAUCAUCUAGGUUAUCAUACAUGUAUCCAACUGUGUGUUAUAUGUUCCUUGUUCCCCACCCUCCUCUUCUCCCAUCCCUCCCUCUCUACCUCUCUACCUCUUCUGUCCCUCUCAACCCACCGGCCAGCAGGCAGAUGGGUCCCCCCACAUAAAGAGCCGGGUUCUGCUCAAGGUUUCUUCUCUGUUAAAAGGGUGUUUUUCUUGCCACUGUCACCUUUUGGCUGCUCUGGGGGUUCAUAUGGGUUCUGUACAGUGUAUUGCGACAAUCUGACCCGUAAUGGGCGCUAUAUAAAUAAAGCUGAAUUGAAUUGAAUUGAAUGAAUAUAA